AUUUUCUCUCUUUGCAGAAAGUACAUAAACUGCUUAUGUGGAAUGUACCUUUAGGUUGGAACUACCCAACCCUGUUGUUAUUAAGAAAAAAUUUAUUGGAAAAACUGCGGGAAAAAUACACCAGCAGAAUUUAACGAUGAAUGUUUCUGGAGACGUUCAAGGCUCUUUAAAAGAGGCCUUGUACGAAACAUUAAAUGGUAUAUUAUCUUCACAUCAAGAAACUCGUCAAGCCGCUGAACAACGAAUUCAGGCUUUAGAAGUCACUGAAGAAUUUGGCGUUCAUUUAACCGAAUUUGUCGUCGAUCAAAAUGGUCUUCUUCCAAUUCGUCAAUUAGCUUCUGUUUUAUUAAAACAAUAUGUUGACAAUCAUUGGUCGUCAGUCGCUGAAAAAUUCAGGCCACCUGAAAUUAAACACGAAAUGAAAGAAAGAAUAAAAGAAUUACUACCACUUGGCCUUCGAGAGUCAAUAAGCAAGGUGCGAACUGCCGUUGCUUAUGCGAUAUCUGCAAUAGCGCAUUGGGAUUGGCCCGAAAAUUGGCCAGGUUUAUUUGAUAUUCUCGUGAGUUGUUUAAAUCGUGAAAAUGAAUACGCAGUUCAUGGUGCAAUGAGAGUUUUAACUGAAUUCACAAGGGAUUUGUCGGACACACAUCUUCCAAAUGUUGGUCCAAUUAUCCUUCAAGAAAUGCUGAGAAUAAUUCAAAACGAAACUGAAUAUUCGAUACGAAUUCGAGGAAGAGCUGUACAAAUAUUUAAAAUAAUAACCGAAUUAGUUGCAGCAAUAAGACAUUAUAAGAAAAAGUUUUUCGAACAAUAUCUUCAACCUGUUAUUCCCAUGUUUUGUGAGAAAUUUGUUCAAUGCUUAAGACAACCGGAUGGUCCAACAAUUGACAGUGGAUUGAAAACUGAUAUUAUCAAAGCUUUAAAUUGUCUUAUUUCAAAAUUACCGAAGUAUGUGACAAAUUUCUUGCCACAAAUGUUGCCACCAAUAUGGGAAACGUUGACUCAAAGUGCAAAAAUUUAUCAAGAGGAAGUUGUGAACGGCGAUGGAAAUGUUAACGAAACAGUUGUUGAUUCAGAUGGUGAAAUAAUUAAUUUCAACAAUCUAAUUAUCGCAACUUUUGACUUUAUUGGCGCUUUAGUUGAAAACAAAAAAUUCUCCAAUCUUUUGGAAAAUUUCCAGCAGGAUAUUAUGUAUUAUUUAAUUCUAUUUAUGCAAGUAACUGACGAGCAAAUUGAACAAUGGACCAGUAAUCCAAUACAAUUUAUCGAAGAAGAUGAGCAAACUGUUUUCGCAUAUAAUGUUCGAAUAUCGGCCCAAGAACUUCUAGUUACUUUAACAAAUCACACAGCUAUUAAUUCACUGUGUAAUGUUGUAACGAGACAUGUGGAAGAAUCAAACAGAUUAAAAUCAGCGAACAAUGAAAACUGGUGGAAAAUUCAGGAAUCUUCUAUAAUUGCUUUAAGUCUAACCAAAGAUUUUAUAGUUGAACAACAAAAAGCCGGUGUCUUACACUUUGAUAUUGGACGUUUUCUCGUUGACGUUGUUCUUGCAACUCUUAACGAUUCUGGUGCUCAUCCUCUACUUUUGGGUCGUUGUCUUUGUCUUGGUGGGAAAUUUGCAAAGGAAAUGCAAGUGGAAAUAAGUUCACAAUUUUUACAAGCGACAGUUAAUGGUUUACAGGAGAAUCAACCAAUUUGCAUACGUAUCAGUGCGGUGAAAGGAAUUUAUUCAUUUUGCGAAGCCUCCUCUGAAAAUGAAGCCAUCAAAAGUUUAGUUUGCUCAAAUUUACCAACUAUAUUUCAAGGUUUAUUCAGUUUAGUCAGUCAACCAUCGACAGAAGUUCUUACAUUAGUUAUGGAAACUUUAUCGUCACUAAUUCUGAUAGACAAGAAUUUCACAGCAUCAGUUGAAAGUAAAGUGUGUCCAUUUACAAUUGCAGCUUUUCUCAAAUUCCACAAUGAUCAAAUAAUAUUGCCCGUGUGUCAGGAUAUUUUUAAAGCCUUGUCGCAAAAUCCUGAUUGUAUCGAACCAUUACAUAAUCGUUUAGUGCCGACUCUUGUCAGUAUGAUGUCCGUAAAUCACGCCGACAAAUCAAAAGAUGAACGUUCGCGAGAAUUAGCUUUAGACGUUUUACAAGUAUUGGUGCAAUAUUCUUCCCAACCAUUAAGUAAUGCAUUAGUGGAGAAUGCAUUUUUUGCCGCAUGCCAUUGUAUUUUGAAUUCAGAGGAAAAUGGAACUUUACAAAGUGGUAGUGAAGUGAUAUGCACAUAUCUCUCGGUAGCUGCACAUCAAAUAAUUGAUCGAAGAGAUAAUACGGGCGUCACUGGUCUGGAAUAUAUACUUAAAACUUUGGCACAACUCUUAAAUCCAAGGUCGAGUGAAUUUACAGCAGCGUUUGUUGGUCGAUUAGUGACGACUCUAAUAAGAAAAGCUGGAAAUACUUUGGGUGAAAAUCUCGAUCUUCUAUUGAAAGCAGUUCUCAGUAAAAUGCAACGAACUGAAACUUUAACUGUUAUGCAAAGUUUACUGAUGGUCUAUGCGCAUUUAAUUAAUUCCGCUUUCGAUCCAGUUCUUAAUUUUUUGUCCACUGUACCUGGUCCAACAGGUCAGAGUGCUCUUGCAUUUGUAUUGAUUGAAUGGCUCAAUAGACAGCAUCUUUUCUUCGGCAAUUAUGACCGUAAAGUGGCGAACGUUGCUUUGAGCAAACUACUUGAAUACGGUGUCACGAACGAUGAUGUGAGAUUAAAAGAAAUUACUGUUCAAGGCGAGGAAAUUUACGCACAAACCGAAGGUGUAAAAACAAGAAAAAGGUCUCAAUUACAACCAACAAAUUGGACAACAAUACCAGUGCUUGUUAAAAUUUUUAAAGUUUUAAUAAGUGAAUUAUCCAAUGAAAUCGAAAAUGCAUCUGCUGUAAAUCAAAGUAGCGAGGAAUCUGAAGAUGACUCAGACGGCGAGAAUGCGAUACUGGAUCCUGGAAAUGAGGCGAAUAUGUUAAGACUCGAAGACUUUGAGGACGAUGAGCAGGAAGAAGAUCCAAAUGUGGUUCAAGAUUCAAUAUACCACUUGAAUCUCGCGCAAUAUUUGAGGGAUUUUCUAUUAACAUUUUCGACUCAUCAUUGUUUUCCAGCAUUUGUACAACAUUUGAAUGAAAAUGAACGAAAAGUUUUGACAAGUAUCAACAUAAAUACAGCAUUUUUGUAAGUGAUUUUUUUUUUAUACUUUUAACAUUUUAAUGAAAGGCCUUAUUAAAGUAACUAUUGUAAUAAUUAAUUUUAUUUUUUAACAAAUAAGAUUAAAUUCUGUAGUUUUUUAAUACGUGUCUAUUAUUUUUUUCUGCGAUAAAAAUGUAGCGUCAUUUCGGUAAAUUAUAUAUAUAUAUAUAUUUAUUUAUUUUCA